AUAUAUAUAUAUAUAUAUAUGAUUUAUUUAGAUUCACAGAGGAGGCAAACGUAGCGAGGUAGAGAUUGUUUCAACAACACUGCCACGUGAAAUAAGAUAUCGAAUAUGAACAAGAUUGCCUUCCUUUGUUUGCUCUAUACCAUGUUGCUGAUAAUACCAGGACCGAUUUUAGGAAAAGCUUUAGCUAAGACUAAGGUUGGAAAAGAAAAACGUACAGCUGCACUACUACCAUUGGCAUCCUACGCAGGAAUGACAGUGUCAGCACCUGUUUUUCUUGCCUUGGUAGCAACCUAUGGGAUUUAUGCUGUCAUAAGUUAUGCAAUCCGGUCAAGAGGGGACAGUGACAGUCAUUCCUGUGCCAAUAACAGAGGAUGGUGUAGACGAAGAUGUCAAAGUCACGAGAUGGUAGACUUGUAUCAUACUGACAUUUGUGGAUCGUACUAUUGCUGUCGUCCAACCAAUUUAUAAUGAGGAGCAAAAUAUAUUGACUUGUAACGAUCUUCAUUUCCUUCAUUUUUUUACAUGCACUUUUUCUACUUAUUAUUUUUUUUUCUUAUUAUUAAAACAUAUGUAAUUAAAAACCACUUUUUUCAAAAAUAUUGCUAAAUAUU